AUGGUACCAGCGCCAGGGGAAGAAGAAGAAGAAGAACCGGAUGUAGCACCUCCAGGGGAGGAUGAAGUCGGGGUUGUAACGCUGCUUCCAGAGGAAAAUCCAACAGAUGCUGUAGUUGUCUUUGAGGAAGAACAAGAGAUCCUGGAGGAAGAAACAGAACCAGGGGAGGACAUUGAUAAUGUGGUGCUACCAGAAGACUUACCGGGGGUUUCAGAGCAGCAAGAACCAGAAGAGGAACUUGUAGGUGAAGCCACAGAACCAAGUCCAAAGGAGGCUGUAGUUGAACUGUUAGAACUGGAACCCGAGGUAGAUAUUACUGAGCCGCCAGCUCAGUCAAUUACAAUCCUUCAACCCCUGGACAGCGAGGAAGAUCUUCACCUUGGAGAAGAUACCGUUCAGGUUGAUGAAGAGUUUGAGUUCCUUCCUCCAGCCACACCUGGCAGCCCCCAUGAGGAGGAUAACUUAACCAUCGUACCUGUGGACAUCCAACCUCCUGAAGGGGACGCAGCUGGACUUGACCACGAGUAUACCAUCGUCAACUACACUGAGGAGGAUGUUGACAGUGAAGACACACAAGUGGAGGGCGAUUCUGGACCAACCCCGGAAACAUCGGAGGGUGAUCAAGGGCUUGAAGAGACUUCAGAGGGGACCGCUCCAGACGAGCCGGAGACAUCAGAGGACGCCGAAGUCCCAGAGGAGGUGCCGGAGGAGACAGAAGAAAGCGAUUCAUCUCCAGAAACAGACAGCAGUGUAACAGACAUUUUCACCACUCCUCCGACAACUUCUGUCGACGCGGCUGCGCCCAUCCCGACUAUAGACUCUGGACUUUUUGAGGUAGCAGACCACGCUGUGAUCCCUGACACUUCUGAGGAUGACAUCAAAGAGGUGGAGGCAGAGCCGGGUCACAGCGAGCCGGCCGUCGUCAUUAUUGAUGAAGAGUUGGAAAAGAAAGAACUUGAAAGCCAAACCAGUCCGCCAGCGGCUCCUGAAGAUACCGUUGACGAGGCCGUGAGGGACUUAGCGGAGGAGCUGGAUAAAAUGGACAUUCCAACGACUGACGCAAACCAGCUGCUGGAGGAAGGGAGCAGCUUUUUACCUGUGGAGGAGGAGCUCAGCACUGUCAGCGUCACAGCCCCUCCCCCGAUUAAAUACCUUACCACACCGUCCAUGACCACGGCACCUCAGGGCAAAGAGCUGGUGGUGUUCUUCAGCCUGCGCGUCACCAACAUGGACUUCUCUGAGGACCUGUUCAACAAGACGUCGCCGGAGUACAGAGCCCUGGAGAACCAAUUCUUACACCUGCUGCUGCCGUACCUGCAGGCCAACCUGACGGGCUUCAUGGAUCUGGAAAUCCUGAACUUCAGGAAGGGCAGCGUGGUCGUCAACAGCAGGAUGAAGUUCGCCAAGACGGUGCCGUACAACGUCACUGAGGCCGUGCACUGCGUCCUGGAGGAGUUCUGCUCCGCCGCCUACAAAAAAAUGCACAUCCAGAUCGACACGGGCUCGCUGGAUAUUGAACCAGCCGAUCAGGCCGAUCCCUGCAAGUUCCUGGCCUGCGAUGACUUCUCUCGCUGCGUAGUGAGCGGCCGGAUGAAAGAGGCGCAGUGUGUGUGUCAGCCCGGCUUCGUGUCCAUGGACGGCCGGCCCUGUCGGAGCGUGUGUGUCGUCCAGCCCAACUACUGCAGAGGAGGGGAGUGCCACAUAGUUCCUGGACGUGGAGCGGUGUGCAGGUAAAUAACCACACACAGAUAU